UCCCCGAGGAGAGGAGCCCGGGCCCAGUCCCCGACUUUGCUCAUCCUUCCCACCUUGGGCCUUGGUGGUCAUCGGUUUACAUGAUGUGAUCCCGUCGCCCUGGUAUGCCGAGGUGCGCAUGCCCACUAAAGAGGACGCAGCGGCUCCAUGUGUGUGUUGAGGCGCAUUAUUUGGCAACAGACGCGGCAGCGGGGAGGGCCGAAAAAAAGAGGAUAUCCCCUUGAUUUCAAAAAAAGCAACGAUUAAUCCAGGUUAACAGCAGAUUAAACAUUCCUUGGACGACCAUCGGUGACAAAGCGACCGAGGGAUGUCUGAGGAGGCCGUCCGCCAGACACGCAGCCAGAAGAGGGCACUGGAGCGGGAUGCGCCUCCACAGACUACAGAACCUUCCGGUUCUGACACUGACAGCAAAAAGCCUAAAAUGGAGCCACCACAACCCACAUCCCAGAAGGAAAAUACAUCACGACCUGACCCAGAACUAGAACGGGUUGGUCAAAGUCUGACUGGGACUGGCUCAAAUGAGGAACCAAGGCAAUUACCGCUACUGUUGGAAUCUCAACCAGUGAAGGACGAAGCCGUUUGUCAAGAGAACUUGAACAAUCAAACUGUAUGCAAUGACAGAGCUAGCAAGGAGCUGAAGGCGGAGAAGGACCUGCAUAUCAUGAACCGCUUUCAGCCAGCAGAACCAAAAGUGUCUGGUGGCAUGUUGGCUGCCGGCGAGGUGAAGGCAACCAUCAAAGUCGAGGUCCAGACUGGAGAGCAACCCGUGGACAUGAGCACUUCCAAAGGUAUAAAAAGGGAGAAGACGCCUCCAUCCCCCGAAGAGGAGGAGGAUGAUGAUGAUGUCAUCAUCUUGUCAGAUAACGACACCCCAAGUCCACCUAUGAAUGGUCUGAACCACUUGAAGGAGCUGGAUACAGACCUUCUCAUGAAGAGCAGCCCGGCCGAGCGGGAGCGCAUCAUUAGGCAGCUGAAAGAGGAGCUGAGGCUGGAGGAGGCCAAGCUGGUGUUGCUGAAGAAACUCCGACAGAGCCAGUUGCAGAGGGACACUCUUCAGAAGGGUUCGGGGGUGUACAGCUCAUCUGCUCCCCCUCCUCUUAUACGCGGGACCACUGCCAGCAGCAAAGGCUCACAGCAGAUUGUGACGGGUAGAAGUUCAGGCACAGUCAUACCCCCGCCUUUGGUGCGUGGAGGGCAGCAGCUGUCGUCCAAACAUGGUUCCCAGAUCAUCAUGCCGCCACUAGUCAGAGGAGCACAGCAGAUCCAGGCUCUCCGCCAGCAGCAGCAACAGCAGCAAUUGGCAGCCUCCGGAGGUGGAGGCUCAGGGCCGCCUCCCCUGCUGUUGGGCGCCAGGACCUCAGCCCCUGCUGGCCAGGGUCAGAGAAACAUGGUGCAGACAGGACUCAUCCGAGUGGGGACUACUGCAAACUCACUGGGCUCGUCAAAUUUGAAGGUUUCAUCCUCAGGAAGCAGUGUUGUAUCUCUGGUGGGCGCCAACGAUAGUCCAGCCAGCCGUCAAGCCGCGGCCAAACUCGCGCUGCGGAAACAACUCGAGAAGACGCUCUUAGAGAUCCCACCUCCAAAGCCCCCCGCACCGGAGUUUAACUUCCUGCCCUCGGCAGCCAAUAACGAGUUCAUCUACCUGGUGGGGCUUGAGGAAGUAGUCCAGAACCUGCUAGAUACUAUUCACAGAGGAAAGACGGGGGUAGCUCCAUCCAAGCCCGCCGUCAGAGACCCCAACAUGUGCACCCAGUGCAACACUGACUUCACGUGCAGGUGGAGGCAGGACAAGGCCAAAGGCGGCACCGUCCUCUGCGAAGACUGCAUGUCAUCCAAUCAGAAGAAGGCUCUCAAAGCCGAGCACACCAACAGGCUGAAAGCGGCGUUCGUCAAAGCGCUGCAGGAAGAGCAGGAAAUCGAGCAGCGUAUCAUUCAGCAGUCGUCUUCGUCCGUCUCUCACGGCAGCUCGUCGUCCUCUUCGUCGCUGAAGGCGGAGCAGCUGGUGUCGCAGCAACUGAAGCAGGCCCGGGGGUCCUCCAUGCACCGAGGGGCCAACGUCAUCCACCACCACUCCAUCAAGAGCACCCCAGGCCAGCUAUCCCACAGCGGCAUCAGGGGCAUCCCCCACUCUUUCUCCUCCUCCUCCCAGCUGCAGAGUGCCGUGGCAGCCGCCGCCUUGGUCAGCCGGCCAGGUAAGCACGAGCACGUGACCCAGCGCUCUGUCCAGAUUUCAAAGGUGAGCAGCAGCGGAGUCGGCGGCAGCAGGAAUAUGAGCGGGGGUAGUGCCUCAUCCACUGCAUGGAAGAAACAGAGCAACAGCAACAAAGGUGUGACAAUGGCGUACGUGAACCCCAGCCUGAGUGGGCACAAGAGCUCAGCCAGCGUGGACGCACGCCAGAGGGAGUACCUGCUGGACAUGAUCCCCUCUCGCUCUUCUAUCUCGCAGACUGCAAACACAUGGAAAUAGAAAUGAAAACAAAAUACAAUACAGUCAAUCAACCCUCAGCCAGUUCUCCCCCAUUCUUACCUUUUUUUUUUUCCAUAUCGUGGUCAACAGCGCUCCCAGGAGGACUGUUUGGGAAGUACAAUUUCUACAAAGUGAAGAAAGGUUUCCUUCCCGUGUAUUUUGUAUGAUUUUUCUUCUUUUCUGUUAGUUUUAAGGUUUGCUGUCUCUCGUAUAGUUUGGAUUUGACAGCGGGUGAAGAUUAAAAAAAAAAAAAAUGACUUGAAUGGCCAUCAUGCGCACCCCGAAAAAAUGCCCACUGCUUCAAGGAAAUUACACCGGAUAAGAGUUGUAAAUGUGUCAUUAUAUUCAUACCUUUUGUUAAAAGGUUGGAUUUAUUUUGUAUUUACAGUAAAUUAUAUUUGUUCUUUUUUUUUGCAGGGGGCGUCAUUUUUUUUUAACUUUUUUGUGGUUUUCACAAAGCAAGUUUUUUUUUCUUCUUCUUGAGUUUAACAGCAUGAUUACAUUUAACACCUAAUGUUCAUUUUGCACCUUAGCUAACAAUACAUGGUGUUGACCCUCAACUCGGCUGUAAUGUCAUUUAUUUUAAAUUCAUUUCAGCAUCA